AAGAUUAGGACGGAAGAGGACAAUAUUUUGGCUCCGGCAGUUUAACGGCAGAUGUUGCUUUGAUGUCGGCGUGAAGCGCGUGCGUGUUUGUGGGCGAGCAGUCGGAGGCGGGAGCGGUGGCGCUUUCACAGAAGAAAAGGAAGUGCGUGACGUCGCCAGAGCAGGAUGAGGGGGGAGGAGCCUGAGAGCGCAGACUCGGUGAAGGUGCAGCGCGCAAUGGACGCAACACGUCGCGCGUGAGACGUCAGAGAUGAGCGACAUGGACAGCAGCUCGUCAGCCUCCCACACGGAGGAGGAGGAAGAGUCGGGGGGUGAGGAGGACGAAGAGAUGAAGAUCAAAGACCGCGAGGGUCCCGCCCCCAGUCUGUCCAGCUUGUCGUCCACAGUGCGGGCCGUCAUCCGCAUCAAGCAGAAGUACCAGGCCUUGAAGAAGCGGCGCCAGGAGAUGGCGCUGGUCCUGGGGGGCCACGGGGGCCUGGCCGGGGCCCCGUCCCGCACCAGCCCCAAAAUCUUCACCUUUGACGCCACGACGGCGUCCAGCCACUCGUCGCUGUCCUCGCGCAAGAAGAGGAAGAGGAAAAGGCGGGUGUUGUACCCCAACAGGAGGCGCCGGCGAGGGCCCAAAGGGGAGCACAGCCCGGCGGAGUAUUGUCUCUACCUGCUCAGCGCCAUCGUCUUCCUCCAGGUGUACAACGCCAUCGAGAACCUGGACGACCACGUGCUGCGAUACGACCUGGAGGGUCUGGAGAAGACCCUGAGGAGGGAGGUGUUUGGCCAGCAGGGUGCGGUGGAGGGUCUGCUGUCCCACCUGAAGGACUACCUGUCCACCUACGUGCACAACAAGCCGCUGGUGCUGUCCCUGCACGGGCCGGUGGGCGUGGGCAAGAGCCACCUGGGGCGCCUCCUGGCGGGACACUUCCGCUCGGUGGUGGGCGAGUCCCUGGUCCUGCAGUACUACGUGCUGCACCGCUGCCCCCAGGAGGCCCACGCCCCGCAGUGCGCCCGAGACCUGCGCGCCCUCAUCUCCGCCAUGGUGGAGCGGGCGGAGGAGGAGGAGAAGAUCCCGCUGCUGGUGUUCGACGAGGCGGAGCACAUGCACCAAGACCUCCUGGACGCGCUGCACGGCCUGGUGGCGUCCAAGCAGCCCAACCAGUUCCUCAACGCCGUCUACGUCUUCCUCAGCAACCUGGGCCACCGCGACAUCACCAAGCACGUGCUGCACAACGUCUCCGCGGCCACCGCCUCCUCCCGUCGCCGCGGCGACCCGCUCGCCGAGCUGACGCCGGCGCUGCGGGGGUCUCUGGCCAAGCGCCACGCGCUGUGGACGCAGGCGGACAUCCUGCCUCUGGGCCUCCUGGAGAAAAGUCACGUGAUGCAGUGCUUCCUGGAAGAGAUGACCCGCGAGGGCUUCUACCCCGACCGGCCCCACGUGGAGACGCUGGCCGGCGAGGUGGAGUACUAUCCCGCCGCGGGGGGCUGGGAGUAUUCCGUGACGGGCUGCAAGCAGGUGGUGGCCAAAGUCAACCUGCUGUGAAGCUGGUGACCCAAACAAAGAUGGACGCCAUAGCACCACUGACUCCAAGGAGAACUUUCCAGUAAGUUCUUCUUCUGGCCAAUACACAACCACACUGGGUGAGCUCCAGUAUGUCACACAGGUAACUAAGUGAAGGACACAACUUUUAACAGUCAGAAAAUCGUUCGUUAGCUUGCUAGCUACACGAGCUAAUGGCUAAUAUGCUAGCUUUUUGAUUGAUGGGUGAGGGCGGACCUACGUCACUUCCGCCUACCAAUCCCCUAGCAACCGGGAAUUCGUUGAAAACAAACCAGCUCACAGCGAACACAGCAUUGACAGAAAAAAGCAUUUAACGAGCGUUGUGGCUUGGAAGUCGGCGUUAAAUCCUUCAUUUACGCAUUUUUACUUAUUCGCAUAUCGUGUGAAAAAACGAAAAUGUAUUGUUUGCGUCAGACUCGUCUCAGUGAACUUUAAAGGCCUACUGAAAGCCACUACUAGCGGCCACGCAGUCUGAUAGUUUAUAUAUCAAUGAUGAAAUCUUAACAUUGCAACACAUGCCAAUACAGCCGGGUUAACUUAUAAAGUGACUUUUAAAACUUCCCGGGAAAUAUCCGGCUGAAACGUCGCGGUAUGAUGACGUAUGCGCGUGACGAAGUUAGGGUAACGGAAGUUAUGGUACCCGUAGAAUCCUAUACAAAAAGCUCUGUUUUCAUUUCAUAAUUCCACAGUAUUCUGGACAUCUUUUGCAAUUUGUUUAAUGAACAAUGAAGGCUGCAAAGAAGACAGUUGUAGGUGGGAUCGGUGUAUUAGCAGCGGACUACAGCAACACAACCAGGAAGACUUUGUUGGAGCGCUAGCCGCGCUAGCCGCGGACCUCACCUUGACUUCCUACGUCUCCGGGCCGCCAAACGCAUCGGGUGAAGUCCUUCGUCCUUCUGCCGAUCGCUGGAACGCAGGUGAGCACGGGUGUUGAGUAGAUGAGGGCUGGCUGGCGUAGGUGGAGAGCUAAUGUUUUUAGCAUAGGUCUGUGAGGUCCCGUUGCUAAGUUGCUAAGUUAGCUUCAAUGGCGUCGUUAGCACAGCAUUGUUAACCUUCGCCAGCCUGGAAAGCAUUAACCGUGUAUUUACAUGUCCACGGUUUAAUAGUAUUGUUGAUUUUCUAUCUAUCCUUCCAGUCAGGGGUUUGUUUUUUUGUUUCUAUAUGCAGUUAAAGCACGAUGCUAUCACGUUAGCUCGUAGCUAAAGCAUUUCGCCGAUGUAUUGUCGUGGAGAUAAAAGGCACUGAAUGUCCAUUUCGCGUUCUGGACUCUCAUUUUCAAGAGGAUAUAGUAUCCCAGGUGGUUUAAAAUACAAAUCCGUGAUCCACAAUAGAAAAAGGAGAGUGUGGAAUCCAAUGAGCCAGCUUGUACCUAAGUUACAGUCAGAGCGAAAAAAGAUACGUCCUGCACUGCCUCUCUAGUCCUUCACUGUAACGUUCCUCAUCUACGAAUCUUUCAUCCUCGCUCAAAUUAAUGGGGUAAUCAUCACUUUCUCGGUCCGAAUCUCUCUCGCUCCAUUGUAAACAACGGGGAAUUGUGAGGAAUACUAGCUCCUGUGACAUCUCUAUAGCCACUACUAGCGACCACGCAGUCUGAUAGUUUAUAUAUCAAUGAUGAAAUCUUAACAUUGCAACACAUGCCAAUACGGGUUAACUUAUAAAGUGACAUUUUAAAUUUCCCGCUAAACUUCCGGUUGAAAACGUCUUUGGAUGAUGACGUAUGCGCGUGACGUAGCCAGUGGAACAGAAGUAUCGGUACCCCAUUGAAAACAAUACAAAAUAGCUCUGUUUUCAUCGCAAAAUUCCACAGUAUUCUGGACAUCUGUGUUGGUGAAUCUUUUGCAAUUUGUUUAAUGAACAAUGAAGACUGCAAAGAAGAAAGUUGUAGGUGGGAUCGGUGUAUUAGCGGCGGACUACGGCAACACAACCAGGAAGACUUUGACUCGGAUCCAAUGAGCCAGCUUGUACCUAAGUUACGGUCAGAGCGAAAAAAGAUAUGUCUUGCACUGCAUUCUAGUCCGUCACUCUAACGUUCCUCAUCCACGAAUCUUUCAUCCUCGCUCAAAUUAAUGGGGUAAUCGUCGCUUUCUCGGUCCGAUCGCUCUAGCUGCAUUGAAAACAAUAGGAAAAUAUGAGGAGGCUAUCAACUGACUACGUCACGCUACUUCCGGUACAGGCAAGGCUUUUUUUUUAUCAGAUACCAAAAGUUGCGAUCUUUAUCGUCGGUGUUCUCUACUAAAUCCUUUCAGCAAAAAUAUGGCAAUAUCGCGAAAUGAUCAAGUAUGACACAUAGAAUGGAUCUGCUAUCCCCGUUUGAAUAAAAAAAAAUCAUUUCAGUAGGCCUUUAAACAACAAUUAAGAAUGUUUACAGAAGCAAUAAAAGAUGACUUUGUUCAUUGGAAGACUAUGAUAUUGUUAGAAUAAUUAUGUGAAAGUUAUCACACAACUCUUAUGCUUAAAGGCCGUUGCUAUAGUUAUUAGCUAUUGUGCUCAAGUUGUACUUUUCUAUCUGUGCAAGGACAAAACUGGUUAUCAACCACGGCGUAUGAGGGUUAGAUAUUUUGUUUGUCUUAGCCCACUAACAGCCAAGGACAUAAAGGACCUCAACGAAGAUAAGACGACAGCACGCAGACGAAGCAGAGACAAGGCAAUCACAAGGCCCCAGCACAUUCCGUCACGUAUAGUGCGUACUGGAAGCUGCUUUGCAUGAAAUGUGUGGCCACUCCUUUUAGAGGAGAACAUGGGCUGGACUUUAGAGCGUAGGUUGGUUCUGUAACUAAGAGUACAGCCCAAAACGUCUCUCCUCAUUGAGCUAAAUUGAACUCUGUCUCUGCAUGAUUCCUUGCUUCUUGUCUGUUUAAUAGAUGUCAUCAGUGUUAGAACCUGACAGAUGUAUUCUUUAUAUUAAUAUUAAUUAUAGCUGAAUGCCAAUUUUUGAAAAUGAAAGGGCCAGACUGAUUGUUGUCACUUUGAAUUGGAUAUAUUUCAAGGCGAGCGCUGUCAUAGUGUCCCAACUUGUCUGAUUAUAUUCUUAGCCAUCUACUUUUCAGGUGAGAGGCAUUAUUUAUGAUCUAAAUCAGGGGUGUCAAACUCAUUUGAGCUCUGGGGCCGCAUGGAGGAAAAUCUGCGCACGCCAGACUAUUAAAAUCAUGGCAUUAAAACUACAACAUAAAGACAACUGCAGAUUGUUUUCUUUGUCUUACUUUGGCAAAAAUAGAACACAUUCUGAAAAUAUUACAUUGAAAAUACCGACAGCGGUAAAGUUUAGAUCCAUGAAGGAAAGAAGUGAAUGAAUGUUUAUAACUGAAUACAUUUACAUAUGCAUAAAAAUGUGUUUUCUUUUGUAUUAUUUUUUUUAUUAAAUAGGUAACGUUUAUGACAUUUUCCAAAACACAAAAUAGAAUGUGAGAUACUGUAUAACAGGAAAAGGCAUACAUUUAUCAUUUGUUUUCAAAACGCUUACCCAUUUUUAUGACUUGAUGGGUUUGUGCAGGUGUUCAUUUUGUAUUUUCCAUGCAGUUUUAAUUUUCACGUCUCAUUUACCAACAAGAAUUAGCACUAUAGAGAUGUUGAAGCGUGAUAAUAAUCUUUCAUAGUCUCAUUUACCAACAACAAUUAGCGCUAUAGAGAUGUUGAAGUGUGAUAAUAUUCUCUCAUCGUCUCUCAUUUGCCAACAAGAAUUAGUGCUAUCGAGAUGUGGAAGUGUGAUGAUAAUCUCUCAUCGUCUCUCAUUUACCAACAACAAUUAGCGCUAUAGAGAUGUUGAAGUGUGAUAAUAUUCUCUCAUCGUCUCUCAUUUGCCAACAAGAAUUAGUGCUAUCGAGAUGUUGAAGUGUGAUGAUAAUCUCUCAUCGUCUCUCAUUUACCAACAAGAAUUAGUGCUAUAGAGAUGUUGAAGUGUGAUGAUAAUCUCUCAUCGUCUCUCAUUUACCAACAAGAAUUAGUGCUAUAGAGAUGUUGAAGUGUGAUGAUAAUCUGUCAUUGUCUUUCAUUUACCAACAAGAAUUAGUGCUAUAGAGAUGUUGAAGUGUGAUGAUAAUCAAUCUCUCAUCGUCUCUCAUUUACCAACAAGAAUUAGUGCUAUCGAGAUGUUGAAGUGUGAUGAUAAUCUCUCAUCGUCUCUCAUUUACCAACACGAAUUAGUGCUAUAGAGAUGUUGAAGUGUGAUAAUAACCUCUCAUUAUCUAUCAUUUACCAACAAAAAUUUGCGCUAUAGAGAUGUUGAAGUGUGAUGAUAAUCUCUCAUAGUCUCUCAUUUACCAACAAGAAUUAGUGCUAUAGAGAUGUUGAAGUGUGAUGAUACUCUCUCAUCGUCUCUCAUUUACCAACAAGAAUUAGUGCUAUAGAGAUGUUGAAGUGUGAUGAUAAUCUGUCAUUGUCUUUCAUUUACCAACAAGAAUUAGUGCUAUAGAGAUGUUGAGGUGUGAUGAUAAUCUCUCAUCGUCUCUCAUUUACCAACAAGAAUUAGUGCUAUAGAGAUGUUGAAGUGUGAUAAUAACCUCUCAUUAUCUAUCAUUUACCAACAAAAAUUUGCGCUAUAGAGAUGUUGAAGUGUGAUGAUAAUCUCUCAUAGUCUCUCAUUUACCAACAAGAAUUAGUGCUAUAGAGAUGUUGAAGUGUGAUGAUAAUCUGUCAUUGUCUUUCAUUUACCAACAAGAAUUAGUGCUAUAGAGAUGUUGAAGUGUGAUGAUAAUCUCUCAUCGUCUCUCAUUUACCAACAAGAAUUAGUGCUAUAGAGAUGUUGAAGUGUGAUGAUAAUCUCUCCUCGUCUCUCAUUUACUAACAAGAAUUAGUGCUAUAGAGAUGUUGAGGUGUGAUGAUAAUCAAUCUCUCAUCGUCUCUCAUUUACCAACAAGAAUUAGUGCUAUAGAGAUAAAGCGGUAAAGUUUAGAUCCAUGAAGGAAAGAAAAUGAAUGUUUAUAACUGAAUAAAUUUACAUAUGCAUAAAAAUGUGUUUUCUUUUGUAUUAUUUUUUUUAUUAAAUAGGUAAGGUUUAUGACAUUUUCCAAAACACAAAAUAGAAUGUGAGAUACUGUAUAACAGGAAAAUGCAUUCAUUUAUCAUUUGUUUGCAAAACGCUUACCCAUUUUUAUGACUUGAUGGGUUUGUGCAGGUAUUUUCCAUGCAUUGUUUUAAUUUUCACGCUAAUAAUGGACAAAGUGUGUUCCUUUUCAGUUUAGUAAUAGACACGUUUGCUUCGAAAUCAGUACUAUUGCCUUUUUUAAAGGGACAUUGAACAGACAUGUUUGGGCUUUAAUUUAAAUAUUUAUUAUGUCCUAGGUCAUGUAGUAAAAGGAGGUGUGGCGUGAGAAGGGAGGAGUGCGGUGAGCAACACACAAAGGAAAGAUGUUUGAGAUGAAAAAGAAUGAGGUAGAAAAGCAAAGAGUGGAACUAGAAGAUUCCACCGCAUUGAUUCCACAUCCCAUGGUUCUAGGUUUGGUCGUCACGGCAACAACCCUCAACAUUGAAACAUGAACUUAAAAACACACACAGCCGCUCAAGUGUUCACAACACGCUACAACUCCACUGUCAACAUGCGUGUGGGGGAGGAUUUACGUGGUGAUGUCUUCACGCCUCCAGCUCAAAGCCCAUUCCCACUUUGUGACCGCCGGCGUUGAAGUUCUUGCCGUCAAUCAGCGCCGACAGCGUGACUUUGACGCCUGCGUGAGGGGAGAGGACGAAGCCUUUUCACAUGGCGCCCCCUGCGGGCGUGCUUUGUACUGCAGCUCAUUACAAUUGGCGCGUGGACUCACCUGGUCGCAGGCUCUGAGUGUAGCCCACGCCGAUCAGACUGGCGUUGUUGACUUUGGCCUGCCGGAGGACAAGAGGCGCCGUGAGACCGGUGGCGGGAACUGCCGUGGGUCCGGUCACUUACCGACAGAGACGUGUCUGAGUCCACUUUGUACUUGGCGGCGAUGCCGAAGCGAGUGUUGUUGCUGCCGGCCGUCCACGCCAGAUUGACCGCCGUCUCCAGCUGCCCGUUCACCUUCUGGUAGAUGGAGCCGCCGAACUCUGUGCCGUCGUUGCUGAGACGCAAAUGACAACAAUGAAGAUUGACCAUGCGUCCAAAAGUGCGGCCCAGGCGCCAUCAUUCAUAGACAUCUUGUAAGUAGAGAAAAUGGGCCGCCAUCUUGAAGUGGUGAUGAGGAGACAGUUGACAGGUAGAAAACAAAGAUGGUGUUCAGCGUUUUCCUGCUCAAAAUGAGCGCACUGUUGAAAAUAGGAAUCGGGGGAUUACUUUGCACAAGUAAGAUUUAACAUCAACAUACUAUUGGUUGUAUUCUGUGAAAAGAAUAUUAGCACAGAGUUGAGAAGGAGCAAAGAGCUUCAAUUGUACUGAAAUCCUAGCCGCUAGCAAACAAGAGUAUGACCAUAAUAGAAUUGCUUGUCAAUGAAAUUAAUUACAUUUAAAAAUGUCAUAGUUGAGUAACAGAGUUGAAAUAAACGAUGAAAAUAAAGAUUGUUUGUCAUUAUUAUCAUUUAAAGGAAGAAUGUAAUACAAAAUAUCAAUACAAAGUG